AUGGCUCAUACCAGUGCUCUAAUCUUCCUGACUUCUUUCAUUGCCUUCGCUGCAAGCGUUGCAGUGGCACAAACUCCAACUCCUCCUCCUCCAGCCACUCCUCCUCCAGCCACUCCUCCUCCAGGCACUAGACCCCCUCCAGGCACUCCACCCCCUCCAGCCACUCCUCCUCCAGGCACUCCACCCCCUCCAGCCACUCCAGCCACUCCAGGAUGCUUCCCAGGAGAUGCAACUGUUCAGAUGUAUAAUGGAGAAAUUAAGUUCGUGAGGGAGCUUAAUGUUGGAGACAAGGUUGCAGUGGGGAAGAAUAUCUAUUCAGAUGUGUAUGCCUUCGGCCACAAGGAUGCUGAUGCCAUGUCCAAGUUUUUCCAAGUGCACAGCGCUUCAAACAUGUUGGAACUCACUGCAGGCCACUUUGUUCCCGUUGCUGUCAAUGGGAAGCUCGUGUACAAGAGAGCCGAGGACCUCAAGGUUGGAGAUUCCCUGUGGGAAUCAUCUCAAAUCAUUGAAAUACAAAAGGUUGAGAAGGUAGGCCUCUACAACCCGCUCACUCUCUCCGGCAGCAUCAUGGUGAACAAUGUUCUAGCAUCGACUCACAGCGAGUGGUUCUUGGACUCCAUAUUUGAUGCUGUCGGCGCAACCGAGUACCUGCCAUACGCAUACCAGGCCGUGCUUGCUCCAGUUCGCGCCAUCUACAAUAUCGUCGGCAAGGAAAUCUACGCAAAGGGCUAUGCUGCCAUCGAUUCCUUCACCAACAUUGCUGAGUUUGGAAGGAAGUAUGGAGGAAGCGUUGCUCUCACCUUUGGAGUUGCUGGUCUUGUGCUGGCCUCCAAGGUGUGAACAAUUUUGGCAAGAAUAAAAUUUGGAUAUUACAUACAAACGUCUAGUGCACAGACAAUUAUUAGGUACCUCUCACACCUGAAGCAAGAAUCGUACCAGUAGACCAAAUGCCCACUACACACAUUUGUUUUGUUUUGCUAAAACACUAAAGCUGGCAUUUUAUGGAAAUGC